CUUUGGUUAACAGUUCUAUUUCCUGAUUAAAGUGUUUUGGGUGUAUUUUUAUUUUUGCAGUAAAUCUCACAAAUUAUUAUUGUUGUUACCAUUUUUGUAAAGAAAAUGACGCUUCCGGAAUUCUUUGGUUGCGCUUUCAUCGCGUUCGGGACACCGUUUGCAAUGUUUGUUUUCACAAUAGCAAAUGAUUCAAUUCGUAUCAUUAUCCUCAUCGCAGCAGCCUUCUUUUGGCUACUAUCGCUCUUGGCAUCUUCCCUACUUUGGUUCGCUCUUGUGCCAAUACGAGAAUACCUUUGGUUUGGUGUCAUAUUUUCUGUAUUAUUUCAAGAAAGUUUUCGAUAUAUAAUUUAUCGUAUACUGAGACGUACAGAACAAGGGCUUCAAGCGGUAUCCGAAAAUCCGGGCGUAAUCGAAAACAAACAUAUACUAGCUUAUGUAUCUGGACUUGGAUUUGGUAUCAUAUCAGGCUUGUUUUCAAUGGUGAAUCUUCUUGCAGAUAUGUCCGGUCCAGGAACGAUGGGACUUAAAGGCGGCUCAGAUAUUUUCCUUAUAACCUCGGCUACGCAAGCACUUGCCAUGAUAUUAUUACACACUUUCUGGAGCGUCAUUUUCUUUAAUGCAUUUGAUAUUAAUAAUUAUUUCCACAUAGUUUACGUUGUUGUCACUCAUCUCUUUGUUUCUCUUAUCACAUUGCUUAAUGCAAAUGAAUUGUACAUAGCUACAUUAUUGCCAAACUACAUUGUUCUAUUAGCUACAGCAGCAUUAGCAUUUAAGGUAGCAGGUGGAAGCAAAACAUCGCUCUUACGUUUUAUAAAGUGUCAAUGAGAUAAGCAUUUUCCUUCUAACAUCAACUACUCUUACUUCGUUUAUGCGUUCGAAUUCAUGAUUUUAUCAUUUCACAAAAACAAUAAUUGCAGUGUAUUUUACACAGCAUUUACAAAUUCAUGAAUUGGAAGUAUUUUUUGAAAAAUUCAUAUAUUGGUAAAUUCCUUCAAAUCAUGUAUUUUAUCACACACAAAGGUAGUAAUUACUUAUUCAAUAAAUCAUAACGCAGUAAUAUAAAAAUAGUUAAGACUAAAUUGCUAAAAUAAUAAUAUGUAUAUUAAU